AUGCAUUGUCAUGCAAGGAGAUACGUCUUGGACCUUUCUUACUACUUAGAGCUGGCGAUCAACUAGAAUGGACGGACAGAAUGCUCCUCCUUCGGCUGCCGAGAAGUCGGUUCUAACACCGGAGCAAGUCAAGCGCAUUGAGCUGAACCGCCUCAAAGCAAAAGCAAGGCAGAGACAGCGAGAACAAGAGGCAGGCUCGUCAUCUACGCCCAAUGCGAACCAGAAACGCCCUCUCGAAGUUGUACCAGCUUUGUCCACUUCGCCGACAGCUCCUAAGCCAUUGAAGCGUGAUUCACGCCUCGGCAAAUACUUUGACUAUGACCUGUCCAAAAUGGUCAAUUCGAAAGGUGGAUUUUUGGUCGAAGAUGGGAAGGAGAUUGACGAAGAUUCAAGGGUGAAGGAGCGGGAAAGAGAAAGGCAACGAGCCAAACAGAACUUAGAACCGCCCAUGUACUUGGAUCCGAGCCUGAAUCCGAAGUGCAGAGAAUGCCAAUCUAUCGACAUCGAUUACACAUACAAGAAGAUAUUUGGAUGCCUGGUAUGUAACAAAUGCAAGGAUGAAUACCCAGAGAAAUACGGUUUGUUGACAAAGACUGAAUGCAAAGAAGAUUAUCUCUUAACUGACCCUGAACUUCGGGAUCGAGAGCUGCUACCCCAUCUACUCAAAGCCAAUCCUCAUAAAUCAACGUUUGCGAAUAUGAUGCUCUUUUUGCGGUGUCAAGUUGAAGAUUUUGCGUGGAAGAAAUGGGGAUCGCCAGAGGCUCUAGAUACUGAAUGGGAGCGUCGAACGGAGGAGAAGAAGAAAAAGAAGAACAAGAAGUUCGAAGAAGGACUUCGAGACUUGCGCCGAAGGACCAGAGAAGGUGUGUGGCAAAGACGAAAGGACCAGGAGCACAAACAUGUUUUCGGAAUAACGGAAGACCUUGGGGAUGGCAUGGGCCGGCAAGUUUGCCAUGAAUCCCAGGCAUCCACUAUGGAUGACACAAACCAAGCUGAAAGCUCCAAGAUUUCCACUUCUUUGGAGCUUGAGCAGAUCGAAGUAAACCUCUUUCGGUCAAAGACUUUAUACAAACCCACAAGGGCUCGAGGCGUUUUCGGCGGGCAGGUCAUCUCACAAGCAAUAGUUGCCGCCACCAAUUGUGUCGAUCCCAUGUUCGGGUUGCAUUCUUUGCAUUGUUACUUUCUUUUAAGCGCAUCUCCUGCUAUUCCCAUCAUAUAUUUCGUCGAGCGACUACGGGAAGGGCGGUCAUAUACUACCCGAAGCGUUAAAGCAGUUCAAAAUGGAAAGGUGAUAUUUCAGCUAAUGUGUUCCUUCCACAAGCCAGAACCAUGGCAGCCUACACAUCAAUGGCCCAUGCCCGAGGUGCCCCCAUUGGAGGAGUGCGAGCUUGAUGAGGUGCUGUUCAGGCGCCGAGCCGCGGCGGAGGACCUUCCUCCGAAGGUUCGGGACUUGUUCUUGUCUCAUGCACUUGAAAGGGAGAAUGGUCCAAUUUCAGUCAGAAGGGCUGGCCCGGGAGUGACCGACGAGAAUGGUACACUCACAUCCAUGUAUUGGAUGCAAGCCCGAACAGGUCAAGCGUCACAUUAUGGAGCACCUUACCAGAAGUGUAUUCUGGCAUACCUUUCGGACCUUAACUUCAUUACCCUUGCGUCUGAGGCUCUUAAACUCAAGCGGAUGUCAAAGGGUCCUGACGCUCAUGCUAUGACCUCUUCAUUAGAUCAUUCCAUAUGGUACUACGACGACAACUUUUGUUGUGAAGAUGGUUUACUCUACGUGGUCAUCUGUCCUCGAGCCGCAUCUGGUAGAGCAGUGGUUCAUGGCAGGUUGUACUCGCGAGCUGGCAACCUGGUUGCAGUCACUUGUCAAGAGGGCGUGGUGCGGGCUAACGUACGAGGUCCUACUGAAAUCGCGGCAAAGCUGUAGACGUACAUCUUGAAGUACGGAUGUCUUGAAAACUAUGUCCUUGAUCCGCGCGAGAAAUUGAGUUUGGAUAGUUGGCGGGAGAUUAUUUAAUAAUGCUGCUGGUCUUGGAAGCGGGUUCAUUUGUUUUGAUGCCCCCUUUUAUGUUUUGUAUUUAACUUUGCGGGUACCUCAUCAUCUGAGCUAGAUAUUCGUUCUGAUC